AUGUCUGCGGCGAUCCAACUCGUGGAGGACGUGGAGGACGACCAGGAGAAGACGGUAUCAACGCUUGACCCUCGACAGCUUGGUCAGGCUGCGAGCACUGAGAUAAUGGGCUGGCUGCGUAUGAACCUGUUGCAGAUGGCAAGCGCAGCGUUGGCGGUUGUAUCGGAGUCGGCGUUGCUGGUUGUGUUGUAG